AUGCCGAUCAUGCAAGUGUUUCUGGAAAGAAUAAGUGCUCAAGCCUCUACCUCCAACUCCAUUACGACACCCAUCAAAAUUCCUGAAUGGGCACUGGAUCGUAACACAAAAGACUUCUGUGAAGGUUAUGAGUCUGAAGAAGAAGGAGGGGAUCGAUCCUGGGAUGAACUAAGACUCGAAGACAAUCCUUACUAUCUCCCAAACACAUUGAAGGACCAUGCUUCAUAUGCUUUUAACAAUUAUUAUCAAAAGUUCAAGUUUCAUGGUGCCUCUUGCAAUUUCGGUGGUGCUGCCGUAAUUACUAAAAUUGACCCAAGUUAUGGUAAAUGCAAGUAUGAGUUUGCAAUGGCCUAA